AUGGUAAGAGAAUCCGCUAAAAAAUGUCUACGAUAUAUUUCACCACGUCGAAAAGAAAAUGUAUUGAACAUGAUUCUGUUAAUCGUUCUCUCGGUUAUGGUCAUUUAUUAUUUUCAAGUUCGAUUCAAACGAUACGAAAUGCCGAAAUAUGAGGGAGUAACUUGGCCAGAAUCAUCGUUCCAAAUGCAGCACGUUAUUCCUGACUAUUCAAAACACCGAUCUGGACCAGGUGAGAAUGGCAAUGCUGUGUCUUUAUCUGGUGAAGAAAAGGAGCGAGGUGAUGCUGACAUGAAAAAGUGGUUCAUGAAUGUCGUUGCGAGUGACAAGGUAUCGUUGGAUAGAAGUUUGCCAGAUACACGCCAUCCGAAAUGUCGUCUAGUGAAGUACGAUAUCGAUGAUCUGCCUCGUACUUCUGUCAUUAUAAUCUUCACCGAUGAGGCUUGGACUCCGUUACUUCGAACUGUGCAUUCUGUCAUUAAUCGAACUCCACCGCGAUUGUUAGAAGAGGUCAUUCUGCUAGAUGAUUUCAGUCAACGAGAUGAACUGAAAGGAAAGUUGAACGAUUACAUCAAACGAUUUGGCGGAUUGGUGAAGUUGAUACGUAAAAAUGAACGACAGGGAUUGAUCAGAGCCAAAUUAGAGGGUGCUAAAUUGGCAGUUGGCGAGGUGAUCGUGUUUCUUGAUUCACAUUGUGAAGCGAAUGCUGGAUGGCUUGAACCAAUCUUGGCUCGGAUAAAGACAAAGCGAUCAGCAGUGGUGUGCCCAAUAAUUGAUUAUAUAGAGGCUGAGACGAUGCGAUACAGUGGAGGUGGCCACGGUGAUGCGGUUGGUGGAUUUUGGUGGAGUUUACAUUUCAGAUGGGAUCCGAUCGGUGAGGCAGAGCAAAAACGACGCAAAUCGGUCACAGAAUAUGUC